AUGAACUUUGCAGACGUGGCCAUUGCCUUCUCCCAGGAGGAGUGGGGGCUCCUUGAUGAGGCUCAGAGACUUCUGCACUUCGAUGUGAUGCUGGAAAUCUUUGCCCUUGUAGCAUCUGUGGGUUGUUGGCAUAAAAAGGAAGAUGAGGAGGCCCCUUCUGAGCAGAGGGUAUCUAUAGAAGGAGAGUCACAGGUCGGGGCUUCUAAGACAGCUCCAGCAACCCUGAAGACCCAUCCCUGUGAGCAGUGUGUCUCAGCCUUGAAAACUGUUUUGCACCUGACUGAGUUCCAAGCAGCGUACCUUGAGCAGAAAGCUUUCUUCAGUGACGCGUGUUUGAGAGGCUUCUGUUUCAGUGCAAACCAUCACCAGCAACAGAAGUCUGCCAGUGGAGAGAAUCUCUGGAAAGGAGGCAUGGACAAGGCCUGGUUUGUGACCGGGUGCAGGUGCCACAUAUCAGAGACACCUCUCAGCAGUAGGGUGGUUGGGAAAGACUUCCUAGCCAUUUCAGGCCUUCUUCAGCACCAGGCUACUCCUACCGGUGAGGAACCUCACAAUGGCGGGCAAGCCUUUCUUGUUGGAAGACGUCAUCACCAGUGGGGUGAAUGUGAAAAAGCUGCCAGCCACAACCACAAACUUGUUCAACAUCAGGGCGUCUGCUCUGGAGAAUGGCUUUGUGAGAGAGCAACUGUGGGAAAAGCCUGUAGAAAGCUCUUUGAUCUUAUUCAGUAUGGGAGAGCUCCCCCGGUAGAAAAGCCGUAUGAGUGCAGCAUUUGUGGGAAAUGCUUUAACCGAAAAUUUUUCCUCAUUCGACAUCAGAGUGUUCACACUGGAGAAAAGCCGUAUGAGUGUAAAGAGUGUGGCAAGUCCUUCAGCCAAAGCUCUAAUCUCAUGCAACACCAGAGAGGUCACACUGGAGAAAAGCCAAAUGAGUGCAGUGUGUGUGGGAAAUGCUUUAGGUAUAAAUAUAUCCUCAUUAAUCAUCAGAGAAUUCAUACUGGAGAAAAGCCAUAUGAAUGUAGUAAUUGUGGAAAGUCCUUCAGGCAAAACUCUGCCCUCAUUGAACACCAGAGAAUACACACUGGAGAAAAGCGAUAUGAGUGCAGUGUUUGUGCAAAAUGGUUUUGCCGCAAAUUUAACCUCAUUCAACAUCAGAGAAUUCACACUGGAGAAAAGCCGUAUGAGUGUAGAGAUUGUGGGAAAUCCUUCAGACAGAACUCUAAGCUCAUUGACCACCAGAGAGUCCACACUGGAGAAAAGCCUUAUGAGUGCAGCGUUUGUGGGAAAUGUUUUGGCCGCAAAUUUAACCUCAUUAAACAUCAGAGACUUCACAGUGUCAAAAAACCCAUAUGA